CCAUUGACACCACAGCAGCGAACGCUGGAGCGAUCAGCGCACACGUGCGGUUCCUGGACCGCGAGGUAGCCAAAUACGAGGCAGCGCUGCGGGCGGUUGACGGAGACUGAAAAGCUGGCGCAUGACGUGGACGCAUUGCUGGCAGCCAUGCAGAAGAAAGACAUUGAUGCGGCGGCUGCGCUGGUCAGCCGGUACCGGGACAGCGGCGGUGCUGGAGAGUCCGUUUGUGGGGUUUGCGCGGCGCGGUGAGGCUGCGGGCGGGAUCAUUGCCGGGGCACGGCAGGAGCUGGUGGAGCGUGUUACCUGCAUGUUUGAGGCAGCAGCCAGCAAUGGCAAUACACGCGAGAUCAGCCGGUGCUUCCGGCUAUUCCCGCAGCUGGGCGAGGAGCUGCGCGGUCUGGACAUGUAUGCCGAGUUCCUGUGCGGGCUGGUUGGUGACAAGGCGCGUGUGGCAGCCGAAGCCAAGGCGAACGUGUAUGCGCUGCGGCUGACGCGGCUGUUUGAGGUCAUUGCAGUGGUGGUGGACAACCACUUCCCAGUAGUCGAGGCCCACUACGGCGCCGGCCGCAUGAUCCGCGUCAUCCAGCGCCUGCAGCUGGAGGGCGCCAAGCGGGCUAGCAUGGCAUUGGACUUUUUCGAGGAGGAGCGCCAUGUCAAGCGCCGGCUGGCCCAGAUCCGCCAGAUCGACGCCAGCGCUGCACGCAGCAAGGCGCGCAUGCUGGGCGAUGGCGAGAGACCGGGCCGUGCGAGCGAGGAGGUCGUCACCGAGGACGACUUGCGCGAAAUCACCAGCAUCCUGACCGAGCUGGUGCUGAUUGCGCGCCAGAUCGCCAUGUUCAGCCGGUUCCUGGAGUCGCGAGCCGCGCCCGAGCUGCGCGUGCUGACGGCCAAGGAAGGCGGUGCGGUGCUGGACAAGCACGGGGCGGUGAUCCGCGCCGAUGCGAUCCCGUCGGUGUUUGUCAAGCCCGACGAGGUACUGCGGCUGAUCCCAUUGUCGAUGCAGCAGAGCGUGCUGGGCGCGCGCAAGACCGUCGCGUUUGAUGGCCACACCGGUCUGGUAGUGGACACACCGCUGACACCGCGGCUUGCGUGGCUGACCGACACAUAUAUUGCCUUUGAGGCGUUCUUUGUCAGCAGCUCGGUAACCAAGGCCAUGGCGUUGGACGACACAGGAGUCGCUGGCGGGGUGGGCCGAGCCACUCCCUGAUGCUGCUGCAGUGGGUGUGGGGCAGAAGCCGGCUGCUUGCGCCAGUAGAUGUGGGCCAAGACAUCGUCGUGUGUCGGCGAUUUAUUCUUUAUUGUCAAGACGGCGCUGGAGCACGCCAUU